CAUUUGCCAUGGAGCUGUUUAAUUUCGAACUAGCUAGCCCCAAUUUUACUACUGUUGCUUGCUGUUAAUUUUUUGGCUUCUAAACCCUAAACCCUAGAACAAGAUGCAUGAUGCUUCUUUUUCUAGUCCUGAUUCAAUUCUCAAAUUUUUAUUAAUAUUUCUGGGGUGCUCGGUGGUUCUACAUUGUGAAAAGGUUGAACCUUUGGUAGAAUAUAAAAACAGAGGAACAAGUUUGGUGCCCAGAACCACAGAAUUGGUUCAACUCUUCUUGUGCUAGUAAUCUCAUAUUUUAUUAGCAGCCAGAAGACGGCACGAUUCUUUCUGGAAAGUAGAAGACGGCACGAUUCUUGGGUAUAGCAUUGUUAUUUUCACAACUCAUAUAUGGCUGAGUUCAAGAUUGGCAUGUAAUGUUGCGGGUCAAUUUGGCCAAUGUUCUUCAGUCAAUCUGGUCAACUGCAGUCUGCAUUCUGUAAUAACCUGGCCUGCAAGUAUUCUUGAAUGUUCAACACGAAAGUUUCUACAUGGUUCACUGUAGAUUUAAAAUUUUCCCAACUGUUUACUAUAAGAUAAUGGCUGUAUUUGCCUUGUGAACAACCCCCAUUGACCAUUCAUUAUUAAGUAAUGUGACAUCCUGUUUAAUUUAUUUGCAUAUCUAAUUGGUGUUUUACGUGGUAAGCUUCAUGUUGAUUGAAUACUGCACCUCCAUCACCUUGUCUGCAAAAUGCCUACAACAUAUCCUCAGAAACUGGACAUUAGCAAGAUUCUGAUUAAUUAUCUUGUGCCAUAAAUUAAGGUCUCCACUCUCCACUCUCCAGGAGAUGUGAGACAAUGUGGAUAUAACUGGGGCCAUCUUCAAGAAUACCAAAAUGCCUUAAUCCAUUUUGUCUCCCUUUCUUUUACUUUCUGCCUUUUUCAUCAAAUACGUUGUUCCAAAUGGUGUGUGUGUGUGUGUAUGUAUAUCAAUUUGCUAAAGGUGUUCAGUGCUACUCCUAGAGGAUUCACUCUGCACUACUCCACCUAGCUUGAAAGAGCAAUGAACCGUUAAGCUGGACAAUUUAUCGCUGUCAGCAACUAAUUUGCUUGAUCGUGACAUUACGUCAAAGAGUGAUCCCAUGGUUGUGGUUUAUGUGAAGAAAGGAGAUGGUAAGCUAGAGGAACUAGGGAGAACUGAAGUAAUACUGAAUAGUUUGAAUCCAGCGUGGAUUGAGAAAAUUACAGUUUCAUAUCAGUUCGAGGUUGUGCAGCCAUUGAUAUUCCACGUCUAUGAUGUCGAUACAAAAUAUCACAAUGUGAAUGUAAAGACACUGAAGUUGGAGGAUCAAGAAUUUCUUGGGGAAGGCAGUUGUGUUCUUUCAGAGAUAGUGACCAAACAAAGUCGAAGUUUAACCUUGAAUCUGCAUAACAGAAGUGGGCGUGGAGGUUUGAGAAACUUCGGAACACUCACUGUCCAUGCUGAAGAAACUAUGGCUUCAAAGAGUGUUGUUGAAAUAAAAUUCCGUUGUUCCCAAUUGGAAAACAAAGACAUUUUCUCUAAAAGUGAUCCUUUCUUAAGAGUAUCUAGAAUUGUUGAGAGUGGAGGUUCUGUUCCAAUUUGCAAGACUGAAGUGGUGGAUAACAAUUUAAAUCCAAUCUGGAAACCACUAUUCCUGAGUAUGCAGCAGUUUGGAAGCAAGGAUAAUCCAUUAAUCAUCGAGUGCUUUGAUUUCAACAGCAAUGGCAAUCAUGUUCUUAUUGGGAAACUUCAAAAAUCAGUGGCAGACCUGGAGAGAUUAUACCAAGAAAGAAGUGGGGUGAAUUUUGUCACUCCAUCUUCUCAUGGUCAUGAAAAGGUUUCAAAGGGUCAGUUGUUUGUGGAUCAAUUUAAUGAGAAGCAACAGUUCAGCUUUCUUGAUUAUAUUUCCAGUGGAUUUGAACUUAACUUCAUGGUUGCUGUUGACUUUACGGCUUCAAAUGGAGAUCCUCAACAACAUGAUUCAUUGCACUACAUUGAUCCAUAUGGCCGGUUGAAUUCUUACCAGCAGGCAAUAACGGAAGUUGGGGAAGUCAUUCAGUUUUAUGAUGCUGAUAAACGCUUUCCUGCUUGGGGCUUUGGAGGAAGGACAGCUGGAGGGCCUGUAUCGCACUGUUUUAACUUGGAUGGAACUGCAACUGGCUUUGAGGUCGAAGGAGUUCAAGGCAUAAUGACUGCUUAUGCCAGUGCCCUACACAAUGUUUCUCUCUCAGGACCCACUUUGUUUGGCCCAGUGGUUAAUAGGGCUGCAGAGAUUGCUGGCAAUUCUCUAUUCCACAACAACAAUAAGUACUAUGUGUUGCUGAUCAUAACGGAUGGGAUACUUACAGACCUGCAGGAAACAACAGAUGCUUUGGUUCGGGCUUCUGAUCUUCCCCUCUCAGUUCUUAUUGUUGGAGUAGGAAGUGCGGAUUUCAAACAAAUGGAGAUUCUCGAUGCUGACAAUGGAUCGCGAUUGUCAAGUUCAACAGGUCGUGUGGCUACCAGAGACAUUGUACAGUUUGUUCCUAUGAGAGAAGUGCAGACAGGUGGGCGCAUUUCUGCGGUUCAAUCGCUUCUCGAAGAGCUGCCUGGACAGUUCUUGAGUUACAUGCGCUGCAGAGACAUCAUGCCUCUCACUGUCCAUGCAGCCCAAUCGUCUGCUCCACAACUUUAGAAUUGCACAAGCACAGCAUUUUUGUAGAUUUCGCCCAGUGUUCAUUGAAAUAUGUUUAUGUGGUCGAUAUUAAGUGCUGAUCAUUUGUUAGCAUUUUUAUCUCCCUUACAAGGGCAGGAAUUAAGCAAUUAAAUCUCACAAAUCUAAAAUAUUCUUUGUCAAUAUUACCAAAGACUUGACAUGAAGUGCAUGCAUUACAAAAC